CUACAUACUCCCCACCCCUGACCGAAACCCUAAACCGUUCCCCUCCCACUUCCCCCAUUCUCCGCCACUCCCUCGAUCCCCCCGGAUCUGGAUCGGGGGCGCCCAACGCUCGCCGCCCCCGACCAUGCCGUUCGACACCCCGCCGCCAUCGCCUCCUCCCCAACCGCGCCCCGCUGCCGAGCUCCGUCGCCGGAGCUGCGCGCAUCAUCCCCGUCAACCUCCCCGUGCCCCGCUGCCCCGUGCCCUACCUUCCCCUCGGGAGCGCCCCUCAUCUCUUCCUCGCGCCCGCACGUGCGCUCACCACCACCCACUCUGCCCUAGACCGCACCCGCGCGUGCACUGCGGCCGUCCGCCGCUGCUCUCGUCGCGCCACCGCGCCCCCAUGCGGCUACUGCUACUAGCGCAGCUGCAAGCCCCCCGCCUCUACUCCCAUGCCCUGUCGUGGCCAUCGCCCGCGCGCCGUCUGGCCGUGCGCCCGCGUCGGCCAAGCCCUGCCUUGCCUCCCCCGUCGUGCCCACUGCUACCGCGCCCUGCGCCGGCCUCCGCCCGACCAUGUCCGCGUCGCCCGCUCUCCCGCCUGACCUCGCCACGGCCUCGCUCGUCACGCCCCCGCCUGCCUUUGCCUCGCCGGCCCGACCGCGCCUCCCCGCUCAUGCACGCGGCUGCACGCGCCCGGUGCCGCAUCCGGGUUCUGCUCGUGCCGCCACCCACGGUGGCCUCGCCCGUCGGCCGCCCUCUUCUCCUCCCGUGGCCGCGCCCGCCCGAGCACCGCUAGCCGCCCGCGCCCCCUUUUGAUGCUUGCAGGUGCACUUGCGCCGCUGCGCCGCCCCCUUUGCUCGUCGCUUCUGGGGUAGUCUCUGCCGGCCCGCGCGCCACUGGUGGCGCCCUGCUGCUCCCCGCCGGCCGGCCAUUGCCCUGCAGCGCCGCCUGGGUGGUCUGCCCCGAUUUUGCCCAUUCGGGUGUGGCACCCGCCAGCGCCCGCUGCCCUUUUGCCCGCUAGCC